CGUAGCGGAUCAGUGUGCCCGUAGAUCCGCUACGGAACGGUCGUGCGGCGCUGCCAACUUGACGACUUGUUGCCGAUGCCGCGAUUUUUUUUGUGCGAAUUCGAUUUUUGAAAUUUUGAAUGUGCCAGUGUUAAUAAAAAGAACGUGUUAUUUAACGUAUGUUUUUGAAAAUCGCUCCACGGAAAAGGAUGUAGAUUGUUUAUUGGGAUUUCGGCAUAUAAUAAUAAAAACUAUUCCCUGUAUGUGUAUAUCCAGCGAUUCAAUAAACUAUGUAAAUGAAAACAUUAAAAUAAUACCCGGAGAGAAAAGAAAAAGAUACUGGCACAUUACAAAUGUACACAAAAUUAAAAGCGCGAUGAAAAAUAAGUGAAAAGGAAAAACAAAAGAGCGUUGGCGUUGAGUCUCGAGCGAAAAUGACUCUUCUUGAGUACUUUUAAUGAGGGAAAAUGUACUGUUUUUGCGUGAAAUAGUGAAUAGUUGACGGAAUGAGGAUCGAGAGGACGUGUUUUUGGUCGAUGCUGCAGGCGCUGGCAUUGUUGCCUACUAUGGCUUUGAAAGAUGCUCAAACGACCACUAAGAAAUUCCCCGACGACCCGGAGUUUGAGCGGCCGAUCGGCAACCAUACAUUCUUCCUCGGUCGCGAGGCAGUACUAGGAUGCGCGGUCACCAACCUGGGCAAGCAUAAAGUGGGCUGGCUCAGAGCAGAAGACCAAACAGUGUUGACCAUGCACGACCGGGCUGUGCUGGGCGCACGCUACUCCGUCAGCCGAGACUCCCCUCGGACGUGGCAGCUGAGGAUCCGGCCCCUCAGAGCGGAGGACCGCGGCUGCUAUAUGUGCCAGAUCAACACGCAGCCCAGUAUGAAGUGGCAGAUCGGGUGUAUUGAUGUUUUUGUACCCCCCGAUAUCGUGAGUGACGACACGUCCGGGGAUGUCUCCGUCCAAGAGCUGGAGAACGCCACCCUCACAUGCAAAGCCACCGGCCACCCACCCCCCAAAAUUACCUGGAGGAGGGAGGAUCAUGAACCAAUUCUGCUGAAGAAGACUCUCUCAAGGGAGUUUGUCAAAGUUGAAAGUUACGUGGGCAGCUCGCUGCCGUUAUGGCGGGUGGAUCGCAAGCAGAUGGGAGCGUUUCUCUGCAUCGCGUCCAACGACGUGCCGCCCGCAGUCAGCAAAAGGAUCAUUUUACUUGUAAAUUUUGCACCAACAGUGAAAGUGCCAAACCAACUGUUGGGGGCGCCACUGGGCACGGACGUCAAACUGAAGUGCUACGUGGAGGCCUACCCCAACACCAUCAAUUAUUGGAUUAAGAAUAGGGGAGAGAUGCUGCUGGACGGGCCGAAAUACACGAUAAGAGAAGAGAAAUCCUCAUACAAAGUGUCGAUGUGGCUGACUAUCCGGCAGUUCGCUCGGAGCGACAUCGGGACCUACAACUGCGUCAGCACCAACUCGCUGGGCAAAAGCGAGGGGACACUCAGGCUUUACGAAAUCAAACUAAACUCCUACAAUGAAGACUUCAGCAAUCAAAUCAGCGUAGCUGGAGGUCUCACAGAAGCAGCUAAAGGGAACUCGACGAAUAAAUUACUAUUCCAAAGGACUUUGUUAACCAUAUUGUUUUGUUACCUCACAAAUGUUUACAUGUUCACGUAGUCGUUAUAUAUGUAAAUAGGUGUUAUAUAUCGUUUAGGCAUGGGCGAUAAAGGAUUAAUUAUGUACAGUCGCGAUAAAACAACCAGGCCCCAAUUUCACCACGGCUACAAUUGUCAGUGACAUAUGUCGAGCGACAAUUGUCAAGCGACAGGUGACAUAUUACAAUUUUUUUAAAUAUUUUCUAUAGAAAUACAAACAUGACAGGCAUUUUGCUACAAUUGUAUGUAUUACAAUUAUGUUAUGAAACAAGAAUUAUUUUUUCUAGUCGACAUAUUUGUAGAAUUGUCCGUGAAUCUUGACAGGAAAUGAGUUAUAUGACGGAAUUUCGUGACAAUUGUCGUGUUUCCUGUGACAAUCGUCAUAAACAUAGCAAGAGAAAUAUCUGUUUUUUCCGAUAUAAUAAAGUUUUUUUAAUAAUACAAUGAUGGUGGCAAACAGGAAUAUAUAUAUAUAAACGCCCGAUGGUAAGCGGUAACCGUAGCCCAUGGAUGCCUGUGACAUCAGCAACAGUGAUGUUUUACAAUUGUCUCACCUGUCAUCGUGGUGAAAUUGGGGCCUGGUAUUAUGUUUCACAUUGUGGAUAUACCAUACCGUCUAAAAUCUACAUAUGAUUUGAUAUAAAUAAUAAAGUUAACAUUGAAUGAAAAAUUUAUAAAAAAAAUUAUAACAUUCGCGAGACUCACGCUCCGCUUCUAUGGUUUGUUGUCAAAAUAACAUCAAUUCAUGACGCAAAAUACUAGUUCUGUGUGCCAGUUCUAUACGUUAAUAAUAAUAGUUCAAUGUGAAACUCAGAUUUUUGAUGUGUAAACGUCUUAUAAAUCUAUGAACACCGGUAGCAUGCACUAAAAAGUGUCACGUUGUGGACAGAUCUCCAUGGUAACAUUGUGGACGGAUCUCCAUGGUAACGUUACGGCAACCAUUUUUAUUCUUUAAUCGUUUGUAGAAAGGAUAUUUUUGUUUCCCUCACCACGCAGUUAUGAAGCACGAUCGCCCUUGCCUAAACGACUCCUAAGAUAAUUGUAUGCUUUAAAAAACGUAAUUCAAUUACAUGGUUUCAAUUUGUGUAAAUAGUAAAUGUAAGAUGUAAUUAUAAAUACAACGAUUCAAGUAACAAUUGUAGCUCGUGUAACCGACUUUGCUUAGAACCGCCAAAAUAAAGUAUUAUUGUUUCUAUUUUCAUGGGUUUAAGCAAACACUAUUGUAUUAAUACUCUAAAGCACUAUUUCCACAGAAUAAAUAAUAGUACUAGGUACAGAAGACUCACUCUCCAACAAAACGCGUCUGUCACGAUCAGCACAGAUAUGGCCGCUAGGUGGCGACAGCGCCACGCGCGGCUUAUGGCAAACCCCAAAAUUGGGGUCGAACGGAUUUUGCUUACAAAUUUUGCUGUCGAACAAUGUUGAAACAUAUUUUUUUAGUAAUUGGCUAAGGUAAACGUACUGGUUCUCGACGCGGUUCCAGAACAUGUCAUCUUGAAACUUAAGUCAUUAUCAAUAGAGGUGACAGCAAGGUGUCAUCUAUUGGGCAUUAGCCUGUCGAGCACUAGUACGUUUACCUUACAUCUGUUUUCUAGAUUAUUUUUUUUAACUUUGGUGGCAGAUGUUUUAAAUAUGAGUAAGUAAGUGUGUAAAAUAGGGGCACUAUUUUCUAGUCCCUUACUUUCUUUAGCCAGAAUUAUAUUUUAAUUAAAUUACAUUUACAAUGUACUAUUCACUUUUCAGAAUAAAAUACUGCACAGAAAGGUAUAUAAUUAUUUAAGAGUUUAUACUGCUGCGAAUUUUGAAAUUUAUAGCUUGCUCAAAACUUUGUAUAUAUUAUUUUCGUGUUCAUUUGUAUGUUAUUCCAUGUGUUUUACAAUAGUGUUUGUGAAAACCAGGAUCUGUAAAUCAUCGCUCGAUAAUAAGACUGUUUACAACAAAUAAAUAAUAUCAAAACAUCUA